UAGAGAGGUACAACAAUGUAACAGCUCCAAACCGAAACUGUGAUGAAAGAUUUGCGACGACCCCGAAAAUGGGGAAAACCCGAGCUAAUCGAAACCCCCGUCGAUCCCAAUCCCUGCAAAUCCCGCAUCUGGAACCCUAAUCCCUCUCGAAUUCCAUCUUCGAUCCAAUGCCUCCUACCGGCGACGACCCGUCGGUCGCCGCCGCCGGCAUCUCCUUCCCCGACGCGGACGGCGGCGGCGACUCUGAAGACGGCGACUUCCCCAACGCUCACCUCCUCGACCCCUCCGACCCGAGCCUCCCCAACCCCACCUCGUCCUCCGCCACCGCCCAGCCCCACGCCGUCCCGGCGGGCGGCAGCGGCAGCGGCGGCGGCCCGGUCACCUCCGGCAACGGCGGCGAGCGGCGCCCCCUCUUCCAGCGCCUGUGGACCGAGGAGGACGAGAUCGUGAUCCUCCGCGGCUUCGCGGAGUUCACCGCCGCGCGCGGCACGGCCUUCGCGUCGCACCAAUACGACACUGACCCCUUCUACGAGGAUAUGCGCCGCCGCCUCCAGCUCGACUUUUCCAAGAGCCAGCUCGUCGAGAAGCUCCGCCGCCUCAAGCGCAAGUACCGCAAUUGCGUCUCCCGCCUCCGCGACUGCGGCGACACCUUCUCCUUCCGCUCUCCGCACGAGCAGGCCAUCUUCGAGAUCGCACGCAACAUCUGGCGCCCCGCAAAUAAGCACGGCCGCGAUCCCUCGGCUGACUCUGACGAUGAAGCCGCGGUCACACCCGUACCAGCGAAUACCAGCCCCAGUGAGGAAGUCAAGUCCCCCUCAUCAGGGCGGCAGCGUCGCCGUAGGCGCACAACAGAAUUUGCUGCUGCUGCUGGCACCGCCCCUGCUGCCAACAUGGUGCAGCCCCCUCAACCAGUGCAAUUGCCUGUAUCAGUGCCUGUCAAGAUGGAGGACUCCCUCCCUGCCCUGCCCCAGACUCCAAUGCCAGUGACGGUGACCAUGGAUCACUCAGAGCCUCUUAGGUUGCCGGUCAUGUCACCUCAAUCAGGUGUUCUGGAUGCCGAAAAGAGUUGCCUGACUCCUCUAUUUAAGGAGAUGAUACGUGCAGUCAUAAAUGUCGGAGCAAAACCCUUUGGCACAAAACUGCCUGAGCUGCUGUUUGGGUUGCCCAUGGAAGGGAACAAAUGGAGGAAGCAACGGAUUUUGGAGCUGGAGGUGUACUUGAAGAGGAUCGAGCUGCUGCAGGACCAGGUGAAGGCAACGCUCGAGGAGCUCAAGUCCUCCACACCUGGGAUUUGAUGCGUGAUAAGAUGAGAAUGUCUCUUUCGUUUUAGGAUUCUUGCCAUGAUUUUUAGUGUAGGUGCUUACGUAUUUUUGCAGAUUUCCGUCCAUAAAAGAAUAUUGUUAACUGGGUUGGGGCUUGGAUCUAGUUUAUUUAUGGUUCUAAUUGCUCAUGUGAUAUUAGCUGUCAUUUCUGGUCUUCUCUCUUUAUUAGAUAGGUACAUAAUCCUUUGUUUACUGUGGUUGUGGUAUGCUUUGAGUGGCCAGUAAGGUACGCUAUAGAAAGAUGAACACUUGCAAUUAAUUUAUUAAGAUUACACAUUAUUGUUAUUCUGCCUUGUUUUCCUAUUCUUUUUUGUGUGUGUUUGUCAUCGAGUUAUAUGAUUGUAUUAAAGAGAUUAGACUGGGUUAUAAUAUUGAUGAUGAAUAGUUA